GCGAACGCCAUCUGUUCUGCUCCGCUUCCGUGAAAUCCGACUCCCGGUGUAAGUAUAUUUACUGUACACAAAUUUAGACUCUCAGCUCCGAAUUUCUCCUGUCAAGCCUCGCACUGUUGUCGAUGCAUUGUUAGUGAGAUUUUAGGUUUACUGAGCCAAAUCUGCGAGCGCUGACAGACAGGCGAUAAUCGGUUCUCCAUAUUACCAUAUGAUUAACAGACCUCUAUAAAUAACACGGACACAUUUGUCAUGAAGAGGUGAUAUGGAGCAAUGGGCAACGGAUUAAACGAUACACUUGCAGGCUGUUACAGUGCAAUAGCUUAUACAGUCAAGGAUUACGAUUAAAUAUAAGCGUUUUUAUAGCGUUGGAGUACAGUGGUAUCUAAAGUUGGGAAAUAAACCUGCUCAGAUUUACAGGUGAACAUCAUGUAAAGCCUAUAGUGUUUGUAGUGGCAGUGAUUGUGGCUGACCUUUAAUUUGGAGUAUUCAACUGUUGUUUAGAUCGUUGGAGCCAAUCACAGGAGAGGGUGGCUCUUACGUAAUCACGUUCAAGAAGUUUCUGCAGUUAGCGUUUUAGUGGUCGAUCAGAUUUACACCUGACGGCGUUUUUUUAACAGUUAAACGCCGAUUGAAUUUAGAUUUACAGAUUGUUUUUGGUUAAAUAAUCUUAAAACUAAGACUGUUUUAUCUUCAAACCCAGCCCAGGGAGGCGAACUAACCGCGGGUAGAGGAGGAAGUAGGCGGGUUCUUUACACGGUCCUCCAGCUGCUCUGCCAUUGGUUUUAACUGCUUACACGUUAUGGUUUAAAUGUCUGGCGGUGGUACCAAACCUCGAAGAGCUACGUAUCAUAGCAGCUAGUGUUUGCAGUAGCCUUGUUUAAGCUUGUAAAACAAUGUACUAGAUAUUACACAACCUAUAUCACAGACCCAUUAUGAGUGUGUAACGACGCUAGCUUGUUUUGUUUUGUUUUUUUAUUUUACGCAUUUUGGUGGAUUGCACUUUAAAGAAUUUCCAAAGGUACAAGAUGGUGACCAAGAGGAUCCGCUCGGAGUACAUGAAGAAAUUUAAAGACCCAAAAUGGGAGACCUACACUAAGUGUUAUGAGGAGAUGCUGAAAUACAGGCUGACCCGCAGACUGCUGGAACACACACACAACCCCUGGUUCUGGAGCGGCUCCGACAGUGAUUCAGACUCAGGAGGAAGAAGUCCACUUCCACCCAGUAAGAACCAGGUGCGGUCUGAGACCACCAGGGCCAGGACAGAGGCAGAGCCGGAGGAGAGUGAGAGGGCGAGGACGGACACACAGCAGGAGCAGCAGACUAGAGCCAUAGGGUCUGUGCCCAGGCUUCCUCUUCAAGAGGAGGAGGAGGAGGAGGAUGUGUCUGCAGGCUCACAGCUUGAUGGUGCCAGAGAGACAAGAGUGCCAGAGGAGCAGAGAGUCAGCAGCAGAGGCAGUAAACCGUUAUCAGUUAACCACAGAGAGCGAGACCAAGAGAGAGACACUAGGCGACACCAACCACAGCAGAGUAAACCCUCAAAACAAACUUGGCGCUCUCAGAAGGUCAGGCCUGCACCAUCACGUCAGCCCAGGGAGGACAGUAAGGAGACUAGACAUCCUUUUGCGCUGUACGGCUCAGGAGAGAAGGAUGCAGAUAUCGCAGGCAGAAAGACACACAACGUAGGUCCUGCAGCUUCGACCAAUGAGAUCCAUGAAUCGGCUCUGCGUGCUAAGACCAGGAGGGAGGUGGAGCGCCAGAUCCAGACCCAGAGGUCUGAGCGCCGGAGAGCAAAGUCUGCUGAUCUGGACAAGGCCAGGAAGCUGGUUCAACCUGAGUUCAACCCCUGGCUCACUGAGUACAUGCGCUGUUUCUCUGCUCGCUCCCGAUAGGACACGCACACGCUGCAGAAAUAGUUAAAUCAGUGUGAUUCCAGACAAAAAAAGAAAGUAAAGCCAUUAUUGCCUAUCACCUCUGAGGUUUAAAUACACAUUAAUGUAGAAUAGACCGUGGGGCUGAAGUGUGUAUCACUCUGACAUCCAGGAUGUAAACUGACAAAACCUUGAACAUUGAAAUUCACAAUGUGGCUUAUUCGACCAGUGGUGUACUAUCAUGUUUUUUAAAUAAAUAAAUUUAAUAUAUACAACAGGAAACAUUUUACAGGCUCAAAGCGAGUCUUGAAGGAAAUAAUUUUAAAGUAAAUGUAUAAUUAAUGAAUAGGUCUACUACAUACAAAUAUUUAGAUGAGAAUGAAGACUCUAAAAUGCAUUUUAUAGCCAUACUUUGUUGCAGUCCCUUUAAACACAUGCUGUACAAAAUGUGUGCAUAUUUUUAUACAUGGAUAUCAAACCAUAGUGGACUCACACAGAGGUAGUAAAGGCAAAGGGCAGCAUGUAUGAAUUUAUUCAGUGAUUGAAAAUGAUUAUGUUCUAAAAUGAGACCACAAACAUCAGGAAUGUACAAUACAGCCCGUACUGUAUACACAUGUAAACAAAGCCAAAAAAAAUCAUAAGCAAAUAGUUUGGAUUCCAAAAUAUUGUGCACAGCUUUUAUUGUGAAUAGGCAUUCCCUUAUUUGUGCUGAGUACUAAGUUGGUUGACAUACAGAGAAACAUCCCUUUUAAAGGUUUUACUUUUUUUUUUUUUUUUUUUUUACGAUCACUUAGUGUUGCAAACUGGUUCUUGUAGAUUUAACGUAAACGAUAGGUUGAUCUUUUCUGACUUGGGGAUAGAUUGUAAAUCACUCACACAUUGUACUGACAGUCAAACUCUAUAACAUUACAGUUGCAUGAUGUGGCCGUUGCAUUGCUCCGAGCUUAUUAACGCUUUUAUAUGUCAUUGACCUAAAACAGUUUCAUGACAACAUUUGUUUGCUCUUUGCUUGUGAUAAUGUUUGUAUAAUCUCAGCCUGGUGCUAACACAGUCUGAAAACAGAUAUUUGUGACAUUUAAAGCCAUUGUGUGCAGUAUUGCGGAUACUGCAGUUUUUCUUUUAUACAUUUAAUUGUUGUGGUUUUGACCAGAAAAAUGUAACAUUACAAAAAUACAGCUAAUUUAGGUUCUCGUGAGCACACAAUAAGGAAUAGUUUAAAGCUAAUUUUCUUAAUUAUAAUUCUUAAGUGAAUAUGCUUUAGAGCCAAAAGUGGAACCAAAACAAAGAUGGAUAUAAAGCCAAAGUACCUCUAAACUGAACUGUUAUAAAUAUAGAAAUAGAAAUACAUGGGUAUGUAUUAGUAAUUUACUGCUUACUGGUUAAAGCGGUUUACUCUCUAAAGCGAACAAAACAAACAGCACUUUUAUAUAGGUUUUCCUGUAAUUCAUUCAUCUUUUGACUCCCUGUAAAUAUGUUUGUAUGUUUAUGUGAAUGUAUUGAACAUUAGACAAUGUUAUUUGUGUUUACACAAAAGGAUGAAAAUGUAUUUUUAAUCCUUGUUUAGUAGAUCUGAUCUUUUCGUGACUGUUAAGACUAUGAGAUCAGAUCCCACAUACAGUAGUCAUGAUAAAAUCAGCUCAGUGCCAUAAAGACUUGAAAAAAAAAUAUUUUUCCCUUGGCAACUAUAGUUACUGAUGUUACUGAUUUGAAUAUUGUAUAGUGAAAAAGGAGAUGAGGACAGAGAUUCUGUACUUCACAUUCAGGCAUUUAAUAUUUUUAAAAAUCUUUGUAAGAAAA